AUAAAAAAAGCGUAGGCAAAUUAUACUAGGUAUCUAGUUUUUGAAGUGACACUGUUGUUCCGCUUGUCUUCUUCACUCCCAUUCCACAUUUUCGUACGCAAAACCUAAACCCUCACUCCCUUCUCCGACGAUGAAGGAUCGGCCUCCAUCAUCCUGCUGCGCCGUCUACAUCCCUCCCCACCACCGUUUCCGUUCCGUCGUUUUCUCUCCCAACAGCAGCAACUCUAGCAAGAACGGAGCAGAUUUCCCUACUUCCGCCGCCUCAGUGAUUCACUCCAAGCUCCUUGACCGCCAAAACAUACCCGUUUUGAACGCUAAGGGCACUGCUGCUCCUCCUCCUUUGUCUUACCUACAACAUGACGAGAAACAGCAACAACGUCAGAGGACUUAUAAUAGCAAUAAUGGUAAUAAAAAUAGUAAUAAUCAAAGUUCGCAGUAUAAUUCAGCUUACUGUCACGGGAUUUCUAAGAACGGCUCUGAUCGCCAGAUGGAUUUGUCUUUGCAAUCGGGUACUUUUGGUGAAGCUAAUGUUGAUGAGUGGAAGCGAAAGUUAGUGAUACUUUUACAUGAUGAUGGGAAACAGGAGUUGGUCUCAAGGGAAAAGAAAGAUAGACGAUACUUUGAGCAAAUAGCAGCUUUGGCUAGCAGAAUGGGUUUGUAUAGCCAUCUUUAUUCCAAAGUUGCUGUCUUCAGUAAGGCCCCCCUGCCUAACUACAGAUUUGACCUGGAUGAUAAGCGUCCACAGAGGGAGGUGAACUUAAAUUUUGGUUUGUUGAAGAGAGUGGAUGCCCAUCUUGGAGAAUACCUUUCUAAAAAGUCUAGGACUAAGGAAAGCUUUUCAGACAAUUGUUUUUCAAAAUCAAGCAGUAAUAGCAGUAUAGUUACCGACGAAGGACUUUUUGAGCAGCCAGAGCCAAUGGCAUCCAACACGGCUAUCAUGGAGAAAAUUCUUUGGCGGAGAAGUUUGCAGCUGCAUGCUCAGCAACAAGCAUGGCAGGAGUCUCUUGAAGGAAGAGGAAUUCUAGAAUUCCGUCAAAGUCUUCCUGCUUAUAAAGAGAAGGAUGCCAUAUUGACAGCCAUUUUGCAGAAUCAGGUUCUUAUUAUCUCAGGUGAAACUGGGUGUGGCAAGACCACACAAAUUCCCCAAUUUAUUUUAGAAUCUGAGAUAGAUUUUGUUCGUGGAGCUGUUUGUAACAUUAUAUGUACUCAACCCAGGCGAAUAUCUGCUAUGUCUGUUUCAGAAAGAGUUGCUUCAGAAAGAGGAGAGAAAUUGGGUGAAUCUGUUGGAUAUAAAGUGCGGCUUGAGGGUAUGAGAGGGAAGGAAACCCGUCUUCUCUUUUGCACAACAGGCAUUUUAUUGAGAAGGCUGCUAAUUGAUAGAAAUUUAAAAGGUGUAACUCAUAUAAUUGUGGAUGAGAUCCAUGAACGUGGGAUUAAUGAAGAUUUCCUGCUCAUUGUCCUUAAAGAUCUCCUUCCUCGCCGCCCAGAAUUAAAGCUGAUUUUGAUGAGUGCCUCUCUGGAUGCUGAGCUUUUCUCCUCGUAUUUUGGUGGGGCUCCUUUAAUCCACAUUCCAGGUUUUACGCACCCAGUUCGAAUACAUUUUUUGGAGAAUAUUUUGGAGAUGAUGGGAUACAGGUUGACUCCAUAUAAUCAAAUUGAUGAUUAUGGUCAAGAAAGGAUGUGGAAAAUGAGUAAGCAAGCCCCAAGAAAGAGGAAGAGCCAAAUUGCCUCCGCUGUUGAGGAUGCACUCCGGGCAGCCGAUUUUAAGGAUUUCAGCCCUCAGACUUGGGAGUCUUUGUCAUGUUGGAAUCCUGAUUGUAUUGGUUUUAAUCUCAUAGAAUAUCUUUUAUCCUAUAUUUGUGAGAAUGAAAGGCCUGGUGCAGUUCUAGUUUUUGUGACUGGGUGGGAUGACAUAAGUUCUCUAAAGGAUAAGCUGCAAUCUCAUCCUAUCCUUGGAGAUCCAAACCGAGUUUCGUUGCUUACUUGCCAUGGUUUUUUGGCCAGUUCUGAGCAGAAGUUAAUUUUUGAAGAGCCCAAAGAUGGAGUGAGAAAAAUAGUAUUAACUACUAAUAUUGCUGAGACUAGCAUCACAAUUAAUGACGUUGUUUUUGUUCUUGAUUGUGGAAAGGCCAAAGAGACAUCCUAUGAUGCACUGAAUAACACUCCUUGUUUGCUACCAUCAUGGAUUUCCAAGGUUUCUGCUCAACAAAGAAGAGGAAGAGCUGGCCGAGUGGAACCUGGAGAGUGUUACCAUCUCUAUCCUCGAUGCGUUUAUGAUGCCUUCGCUGAAUAUCAAUUACCUGAAAUUUUGAGGACACCAUUGCAGUCUCUUUGUUUGCAAAUCAAAAGUUUGAAACUCGAAAGUAUAUCUGAAUUCCUAUCGAGGGCAUUGCAGUCACCGGAGUUACUAGCGGUUCAAAAUGCUGUUGAAUAUUUAAAAAUCAUUGGGGCCUUGGAUGAGAGUGAAAAUCUGACCAUUUUGGGGCGUUAUUUGACUAUGCUUCCAAUGGAGCCAAAACUUGGGAAGAUGCUCAUCCUUGGUGCUAUUCUUAAUUGCCUGGAUCCUGUAUUGACUGUUGUUGCUGGUCUUAGUGUUAGAGAUCCAUUUUUGACACCAUUAGACAAGAAAGAUCUUGCAGAGACUGCAAAGUUGCAGUUUUCCCGUGAUUACAGUGACCACCUUGCACUUGUUCGUGCCUAUGAGGGCUGGAAAGAAGCUGAGAAAGACCUUGCUGGAUAUGAUUAUUGCUGGAAAAAUUUUCUUUCUGCACAAUCAAUGAAGGCCAUUGAUUCACUUAGGGUGGAGUUCCUUUCAUUGCUCAAGGGUACUGGUCUUAUUGAUGGCAAUGCAACUAGCUGUAAUACCUGGAGCUAUGAUCAGCAUCUUAUCCGAGCAAUUAUUUGUUAUGGGCUGUACCCUGGCAUUUGCUCUGUUGUGCCUCAUGUGCAGCAUAAUGAGAAAUCAUUUUCACUAAAAACUAUGGAGGAUGGGCCGGUGCUUCUAUACUCAAACUCCGUUAAUGCUCGGGAAUCUAGAAUUCCAUAUCCUUGGCUGGUUUUCAAUGAGAAGAUAAAAGUGAACUCCAUUUUCCUGCGGGAUUCAACAGCUGUGUCUGAUUCAGUACUUCUCCUAUUUGGUGGUAGCAUCUCACGAGGAAAUGUUGAUGGACACUUGAAGAUGUUGGGAGGCUAUUUGGAAUUUUUCAUGCAACCUGCUAUAGCAGAAAAAUUUCAAAGCUUAAGGAGAGAAUUUGACGAGCUGAUUCAAAAUAAAUUACUGAAUCCCCAAAUGGUCCUACAUUUCCACCACGAGCUCAUUUCUGCUGUUAGGUUGCUGGUUUCUGAGGAUCAGUGUGAUGGAAGAUUUGUAUUUGGCCGUCAGGACCUUAAACCAUCAACAAUGCCUGUUAUGCCACCACAGCCUACUUUGGUUUCAAGGACAGAGAGUGGGCCGGGAGGUGAUAAUUCUAAAAGUCAGCUCCAAACACUGCUCACUAGGGCAGGAUAUGCGGCGCCAACCUAUAAGACAAAGCAAUUGAAAAACAAUCAGUUCAGAGCCACUGUCGAGUUCAAUGGUAUGCAAAUCAUGGGGCAGCCUUGGAACAACAAGAAGAGCGCAGAAAAAGAUGCUGCAGCUGAGGCUCUGAAAUGGCUGAUCGGUGGUACCAAGACGGGCCAUGAUUAUUUCAAUCACAUGUCGAUGCUGCUGAAGAAAAGCAAGAGGGAUCACUGAACUACAAUGGCUCAGUUUCCUAUUCAGGGUUUUGUAAAGAACCAUGCCAACAAAUGGGGAUGUAACCUUAUUGUUCUUCUGUGAUGGUUAAAUUGUCCCUUUUACUGGGUAAAAUGAAGUAACAGCAUUGCCGCAUGGAAAGCCAAAAGUUUGACCACAAUUUUGAAAUUUCUAUGGCGCUGCCGUCAUACUGACAUUUUUACUAACAAAAGCUAUCUCAUGGUGGAGUUUUUAUCUCCGCGUGUGACCUGGAGGCAGCUUACUAACCAAGGCCAAGGGGAUGAAGAUUAUCGCACACUUCAUGGUGCUAAUCUUAGAUUAAGGAGUCCAUUACGAUUAGUCUCUCUGACACAACAGAACUUGUAGUACUGAUAUGGGUCAGAAAGUGUAUAUAAAGUAGGAAAGUUGUUUAGAUAUUUGACAGCACUUAAUACUCAGAAUCAUAUUGUUUUUUUUUUUUUGGUUACAAUUAUUAUCUGUAUAUAAUUCGAUAAAAUAUUGUUGCUGGGUUUGUAAUUCGUGAGAAUUACUCGUCUCAUUUUUAUUAAUUCAUUGUGUUAGUUUUCAUUAUGAGAGAUAAGUAUAUUUAUUUCCAUUUUGUGCUAGAUUGGUGCCACUUAAGCUUGUUCGGCAUGGGGCGCUCUUUCCCCCUGCUGUGGUGUAAGGUUUUUUGCACUAACCUUUCAGCCCUCUCAGAUUAGAACUUUAUACUACUGGAAACAAAACCUGAAUGAACUUUGUGGUAGUGCUAGUCCAAGUGUUCCCCGGUGGUGGAAAGGUAAGUUUUGGUUUUACGUUGUAACUUGGCUUUCUUUAAAACUUGAUUGGCGUAAGUUUAUUAUUGUGGGAAUGUUUGAAGCUGAAGUGGAUUUUGCCAUGGAUUCUGGUUGGACUUGGGAGCAAGACGCAAAGAUCCUCCCUUGUUUCUUCAAAGAGUGUUUUCUAGAUAGAAAUCUUUGUUUGAACCUGGAGUGAAUAAGGAUAAUGAGUUUGAAAUCUGAUUUAGGUAGAUGGUAAAAGAGUGACGAAAGGAACAAAUGGAAUUUGAGUACCAGAGUUAAAAUUUAUUUGUUCCCUUUC